UGCAGAUGUGAGACGGUGGACAAGCUCGAUGGGACAGAGACUUUAUGUGUAAAGAGAAAGUUGUGACAGUCGGCAAAAGUUGUAAACCCGGACAGAUAAGAAGAAGCAGCGGAAGACAUGGCCUCCACCUCCCCCUGGUCAGCUCAAAGUGAGGCGCUGUCCUGUCCGGUGUGCCAGGACAUCUUCAAGGACCCCGUGCUUCUCCCUUGUAGCCACAGUUUCUGUAAUGACUGUGUGAAGACAUGGUGGAAAACGAAAAAAUCGCGUGAGUGUCCUCUUUGCAAGGCAGUGUCGAUACGUAAAUUACCACCUCGCAACCUGGUGUUGAAAACCCUGUGCGAAACUUAUCUGCUGGAGAUGGACCCAGAGGUUUUCUGUCGCCUCCACAGCGAGAGGCUCAGACUCUUCUGCCAGGAUGACCAGACACCUGUCUGCCUCGUCUGUAGAGACUCAAGACUGCACACAAAUCACAGGUUUUCUCCCGUUAACGAGGCAGCAGAGAGUCUCCGAAAGGACCUGGGGGAUUACCUGAGUCCUCUGCAAGAGAAAGUGAAACUCUUCAACAAAGUGAAACGAAAUUGGGACAAAAUAGAUGAAGAAAUUAAGACUCAAGCUCGGGAGACAGAGACCAAGAUAAAACAGGAGUUCAGUGAGCUUCGCGAGUUUUUGGAAUUGGAGGAAGCAAUCAGGAUCGCAGGACUGAAGGAUGAAGAGGAGCAAAAAAGAGGGAUGAUGAAGGACAAGAUUGCAGGUUUGACAGCACAGAUAAAGGCCAUGGAAAGUACCAUAAACACCAUCGAGGGAGGCCUGCGGGAUAAUGACACGGCAUUGCUCUUUAAAGUCAAAGCUUUAAUGAGUGCAGCUGAGCGCCCCCUGCCGGAUGACCCAGAGCAGCUCACAGAUGCCCGGAUCAAUGUUGCCAAACACUUGGGAAAUAUGCGGGUGAAUGUGUGGUUGAAGAUGAAGAGCGUGGUGUCAUACACCCCUGUGAUCCUGAACCCCAACACUGCCCAUCCAGAGCUCCACAUGUCCAACGAUCUGACAAAUGUAAGAUGUGGACCCAAAGAGACUUUUGCUGCAACCCCAGAGAGGAUGAAGCAGCACCGCAGUGUCCUGGGCGAUAAGGGCUUCACAUCAGGGUGUCACAGCUGGGACGUGCAGGUGAGAGACAAUCAUGUGUGGGCACUGGGUGUGAUAGCACAGGAUGCCCAGAGGAUGGGAGACAUACUGUCUGGGUUAUGGAUGCUGAGGUGUUGUAAUGAUAAAUUCACAGCAUUCUCCCCAUCAUGCUCAGGGUCUGUCCUCCCUCUGAGGCACAGGCUGUGGAGGGUCAGAGUGCAUCUGGACUGUGACAAAGGGAGGCUGUCCUUCAUUGAUCUAGACACUAACAAAGCCAUACAUACCUUCACACACGCAUUCACCAGCCGCCUGUUUCCAUACUUCAACACCUGGAGUGACCACCCACUGAAGAUAAUGCCAAGAAACCUCUUUAACAUUAACGCUAUUGUGUGAAACUGAUUUGGUGAUGCGCCAUUAUUAUUUGCCAUAUUUUUUUUUAUCAAGCCAGAGAACCUGUUUUAUCUCUGGGGGUCAUCAUUGUGGCAACAAAAGUAAUGGGCAAUCGCUGCAUUGGAUGAAAAUAAAAUAAAUGAUGGUACAGUAUAGGCAAGUACUGUACAUGCUGAGAGAACACAACAGAAUGUACACGUGGAAACUGUAAAUAAAUGUAGACUCAGAUUGGAGCAGAAUUGGGAAUAAUUAAAAUUGUGUAUUUAGAGACGUGUGCAAUGUAAAAUAUAGUAAAAACUACCAAUAUGCAGCCGUAGUAACUGAAUAUAUGCACAAUUACAGAAAUGUGAAUUUUUCAUAUAGAUGGUCACUUUGUUAAUUCUUUUGUGUUUGUAUUUUUCUUCCUGUUGGGGUUCAAUCAAGGUAGGGUUAGUGCAAUUGCAUUAAAUAGUUAAAUAUUUUGAUUGAGUGUAUAUGUAUGCAUAUGCAUAUAGUCUGCGUUUCUCUUCUGCAGUUUUGGGAGUCUCAGGGAUUUUUCAUGUAGAUGGUCACUUUGUUACUUCAUUUGUGUUUGUAAUUUUCUUUCUUUUACACUUUUUUUGAAGUACUGUUAGGGUGUUGUUGAUACCAUUACACUGAAUAGUUGAAAGUUAAGCUUGACUGUAUUUUUAUUUUUAUUAUUUUGCAUUUUUCUACCACAGUGUGGGGUUCCUUAUUUGUUAUUAAAUUGCCUUUAUACAACUUUGAAUAAUCCACUUUUGUGUAUAAAAAAUAAAAUAAAGUGUGUAAAUGGAAAAAAAAUGUAUAGACCAAAGCAAUAAGAUACUUUAUUAUUACUUUGUUAAGGUGCCAUCAGGGUGGUGGUACCUCUGUGGUCAUAUACUGUUACAUACACUGAACACUGAACAGUUAACUUGAUUGUAUCUUUUAUUUGCAUUUCUCUGCCUCACUGUUGGAGUGCGUUAAGACUACUGUUAAAUGUUCACUUUAAAUGGUUACACUUAUCUAAGUGUGUAAAACAGUGAAACAGUUGAUUAACAAGAAUAAUAAAACACUUUGUGUCUGAAUAA